AUGGCCGAGUCCAACCUCAAAGAGACCUUCUACCGCCAGUUCAACCAAGAUGUCGCAACACUUCGCGCGCAAAUCGAAAACCUCUCUUCCGUAUCCACAUCCGGCGGCGAGCGCAAUGAAGCAAUAGACAACUGCCUGGCCGGCAUAAACCGAGUAGCCCUCGAUGUCCAGGACGCCUCGAGCUAUCUUCCGGCGUACGAUCAACGGACGUACAGCGAGACGAUCAAGCGUUUGAGCGAGAAGCUGUCAGAAGUGAGGAAUAGCUUCGAUCCACCCAAGAAGUUCAGUUUCAAGAACAGGAGGAAGGAUAUCGCAAAACCAGACGCUGCACCCGAUACAUCGAGCACGAAACCGUCCUCCGCAUCGGAACAAAAACCACCAUCACAGCAACAACAGCAGCACGACACAACGCAACACGACUCUUCCCCGUCAGCGCUCUCCUGGAAAUCCCACGCCCGUAUAACCCUCCCUUCAUCUCCCCACGAAACAAGUUCACCGACAGUGUCCCACCUCACCCACUGCAUCGUCGAUCUCAGCGCUCCAACGAAAGCCAACGCGCCCUUCGCUGCCCUCUACCUCCGCUCCAUAAGCUCAUCGCUCAUAAUAACCGGUCAAGUCGCAGGCGCAAUACACAUCACCGAUGUCUCCAACAGCAUCAUAGUGACGGCGUGUCGGCAGUUUCGCAUGCAUGGGAGCAAGAACGUGGAUACGACACCGGAGAUCGAACAAUCGCCAAAUCAGUGGGAUCAAAUCGACGACUUCAAGUGGUUGAAGGCCGAGCCAAGUCCGCACUUCAGUCUGCUACCUGAAGCCGGGCGCAUAUCUGAAGACGCGUGGAAUGAGGGCAUACCCGGGAACGAGAAUGAGAGCCUGGAUGAUACCCUGAAGGCUUUCGGUGUACGGUGA